GAUUUGAAGGUUAGUUGUCAUGUCUGUGUACAAUAUGAAUAAUGGAGCCUAAAUUAUGAACGAUACAGGAUGUGGAUAUGGUUCUCCACAAAUCCAACGGACGUAUCUAAUUCCACUUGCUGAACAGUUUGUAAAGAUUUCUGUUGACUCUUCAUCUGUGGAUGAGUUUUCAGACUACAUAAUUCGAGACAAGUCAACAAGUUGUAAUAGAUCUAAUAUGAAGUUAUGGCGCAAAGAUGCUUGCAAAGCAUUAAGACUAGUGAAUACUCGUACGAUGGUCAGUCCUGUUCCAAAAGAUCCACCCAUCAUGGCUGACGAAUCUGAGUUUCCUAAAUUAGAUAUGUCAGUAGAUUUAGACAGAAAGCUUCCACGUAAACGUUCCAGGACGAACCUGGAAUCAACAACUGAAUCUAUUUCUGCUCGAUGUGUUUCUUCAACGUUAUCGGAUAUCAGACACACAGUUCCAGCGGAUUUACGAAGGCAAAUAAAAGGCUUUCUCGCAUGCCACCUACUUUCCGAUAUAGGAUUACCGGUUUGGCCAUCUUUGUUGAUUAAUGGUCCCCCAUUUUGCGGCAAAACUACAUUGAUUGAAGCAGCAUGUGGAACUCUAGGUUUAAAAAUCAUCACUGUUUCGGUUGGUACAGUACCAUCAUCUAUACGUCCUUGGAUGGAUAUAUUCAACCAAGCUAAGAAUUCCUCACCAUGUAUUUUACAUUUGGAUGAUAUUGAAAGUAUGGAGAAACAUUCCUCCCCUGUUGGGACGUUCCGUCUCACCUGCCUUCUAAAAAGUCAAUUGCUUAAAGAUAUGGUCAACUCAGGUGUUGUACUUAUUGGGGAAACUCGAUCUCUUCUUGCCAGCCUACCUCAAAGUAUAUUAGAUUUGUUUACACAGAAGUUGACAUUUGGAAUGUUAAAUGAGGCUCAUCGUUUGAGAUUGUUGCAGCAGUACUUGUUAGAUGAUACUGAUUUUAUUAUUUCACCGAAACCAGUAAGUUCUAAUUCCAAUCAACUACAACUCAGUGAAAACUUAACAUGUCUUGAAUUAGCCCGUCGAACACCUGGUUAUGAAAUCGGAGAUUUGAUUCGUCUGGUAGCCCAUUUAAAAAUGGCUUGUUUAACAAGUAAACUUAAUGAUGUUAACGAUGAUGAUGAUGUUGAUGACAACCUGAAUAAUCUUGAUACUCACAGUAUGGAGUGUGUUAAGAAUGGUCAAAAGGUGCAUGUUAAUUUCUCCAUUGACUCGCGUGUCGCUGAUAACUCUGUUUCGGAACCAGUCACAUAUCCUUUAAUCGUAACAAGAGAAAUUGUUGACAAAGCGUUGGUUGUUGUCAUUCCAGCAGUUAAGAAUACUGCUGAAUUUGUAACUAUUCCAGAUGUGACUUGGGCUGAUGUCGGUGGUCUCGAAACAACUAGACAACAAUUAUACAAUCGCUUCAUGGCAGUCGAGUUAGUUUGGUUAAUCAGCUUCUGGUUGAAUUGGAUGGUAUUGACAAACAUAGAUCAGGUCGCGUUUUUGUUGUUGGUGCUACUAAUCGCAAAGAUAUGAUUGAUCCUGCCAUACUUCGUCCUGGACGUCUGGGCUUACAUUUGAUGAUCAACCCACCGUCUAAUGUGAAAGAACGUCUCUCUGUUUUAUCAGCUUGUACUCGGUCUGCAACUACUCCUCGUAUUGAGAAUGGUAUGCUGUCACUUGAACUCAUUGCGAAUGAUUCACGCACUGAGAGAAUGAGGUAUUUAAAUUUCAUGAAACUAAUCUAAUUUUUAUGAGAUAUUUUCCAAUUUUAUCCGUUUUAAAGUAAUCUAACGUAUUCUAUUCUAGCGAAUAGUUAUGUUGUGUUCAUAAGUCCAGAAUGUCUAUUAUUUACUACCACUUUCCAAUUUCAAAGCUCACGUGAAAAAGGGUUACAAUCAAUACAAUUUACACCAAAUUUCCAACUAUCUAGACAUUUUCGAUGUGUUCCUAACGAGUUUAAACGGAUUAUCGUUUCCUUUUACUAAAAAAUUGUUCGUCAUUGUAUUUCUUUAUAUGUAAUUGAUAAGUCCACACUGUUACUUUACUUACAUCAAUAAGACUAAAGAUCAGUUACAUAAGAAAGGCUAAUCUAUUACCCUAAGAUCCUGUCAUUUGACUUAUACGAUCUAUGCAGCAUAACAACGGAGAAAAAUGCAUAGGUUUUUUUUAGUAUCUUGUGUAACAAUGCAAGAUUAUUUUGAUGAUUUACUCAUGUGGUCGUUACAAAAAUCGUGCUUCAGAUUUAUUUUACAACAACGCAUACUUCGACACUAGAUUGUCAGUCACUUCAUUCGUAUUCUAUUUAAUCAACCUCAGUUCGGACAACAUAUCAAUAGCGACGAAACGAGCAGACUAACGUACAGCCAACAUUUUUCGCUUGUUUGUGUUCUAAUAUUAGGUUCGCACCAUAAACAUCAGUUCAACCUUUUUAAUAUUGAUGUAUUGAGGGAAAUAAUGAAUUAGAGUAUAUCCUUGCAAGAUUUCUUUUUCAAGAUAAAAAAUAUCCUCUUUUGCUUCAACAACACAUUUCUUCUUUCUUGAAAUUUCAGCGGUGCUGAUCUAGAAAAUUUA